AUGGCUGGGAGGAACGAUGCUGCAAUUGUUGCUGCAUUGGAGGCUAUGGCUCAUGCUUUGGAGCAUCAGCCGAACAGGGAGAAUCCACCUGUCUUUAAGGGUACUCAUGGUCCUGAUAGCACAUUAACAUGGCUGAAGGAGAAUGAGAGAAUCUUCCGUGUGAUGGAUUGUACUCCAGAUCAAAAGGUUCGAUAUGGGACUCAUAUUCUAACAGUCGACGCUGAUGAGUGGUGGUCGGAGACUCGUCAAAGGUUGGAGGCUAAUGGUGAGGAGGUCACUUUGGUUUUGUUCCGUAGGGAGUUCUUGAGGAAGUACUUUCCCGAGGAUGUUCGUGGCAAGAAGGAAAUCGAGUUCCUUGAGUUGAGACAAGGGAAUAAGUCGGUUGUUGAGUAUGCUGUUAAGUUUGGUGAGUUGGCUAAAUUUUAUCAGCAUUAUGAUGGACCAACUGGUGAAUUUUCGAAGUGCAUCAAGUUAGAGAACGGAUUGCACCCAGAAAUAAAGAAGGCGAUUAGUUAUCAGAAGAUUGGUGUCUUCGGAGAUUUGGUUGAUAGUUGUCGAAUCUAUGAGGAGAACAAUAACGCUCAUUAUCGGGUUAUUAGUGAGAAGCGAGGCAAGAGUCAACAAGGCCGUGGCAAGUCUUAUGAUGCUCCAGUUGGAAAGGGUAAGCAGGAAGCUACUGAGGGCAAGAGAACUAGUGGGGGAGAUGCUCUCGCUUAUUUUGUGUCCUUCAAGUGUGGAAGAGCUGGUCAUAAGAGUAAUGUGCGUACUGCUGAGGCCAAGAGGUGUUUCCGUUGUGGUAAUAUUGGGCAUGAGAUAACUGAGUGCAAGCAUAAGGAGAUGGUUUUCUUCAACUGUGGUGAAGAGGGGCACAUUGGUAGUCAGUGUCAGAAACCAAAGAAGGAGCAAGCUAGUGGAAAGGUGUCCGCCUUGUCGGGAUCUCAGACCACUAGUGAGCACUCAUCAGAGAUGGUCGUCGAUACUCCAGCUAAGGGAUCGGUGACCACUUCUCUUGUGUGUUUAAAGUGUCCCUUGUCGAUUUUUGACAGAGACUUUCUUGUCGAUUUUGUUUACUUGUCGUUGAGAGGAUUGGAUGUGAUCUUAGGUAUGAACUGGUUAGAGUAUAACCAUGUCCAUAUUAAUUGUUAUGACAAGUCGGUGAGGUUCUCUACUCCUGAAGAAGAAGGUGUUGAAUUGUUGUCUGCUAGACAGUUGCGCCUGUUAAUGAAAGAAGAAGUGCAAGUGUUCGUGUUGGUGGCAUCGUUAUCUAUUGAGAAUCAAGCUAUAAUAGUUGAGUUGCAAGUGGUGCAAGAAUUUCCUGAAGUUUUCCCUGAUGAAAUUCCUGAUGUACCGCCAGAGAGAGAAGUUAAAUUUUCUAUUGACCUUGUACCUAGUACUAAACCUGUGUCUAUGGCACCGUACAGGAUGUCCGCAUCAGAAUUGUCGGAAUUGAAGAAGCAACUGGAGGAACUACUUGAGAAGAAGUUUUUCAGACCAAGUGUGUCGUCGUGGGGAGCUCCAGUGUUGUGCAAAUAG